AGAGGGAGAUCAGCAGAGGAAGAAGCAGGGGAGAAGAGGAGAAUGCGAUUGAAGAUGCACAGUCGAUUUCGCUCCUCCUUUCUCUCGCGAAUAAUGGCGGCGGCGACCCUGUGGAUGUGGAUCUUGCUCUCGCUUGCGUGUCGCAACGGUUUCGCCGGCGCUUCUUCGUCUUCGUCUUUGUCUUCCUCCUCCUCAUCAUCCGCCGAGACUUCCAUGCACACCAACAACUGGGCGGUCCUGGUCUGCACCUCCCGCUUCUGGUUCAAUUAUCGGCACAUGGCCAAUACUUUAUCCUUGUACAGGACAGUGAAGCGGCUUGGUAUACCUGAUGAGAGGAUAAUACUGAUGCUUGCUGAUGAUAUGGCCUGUAAUUCCCGAAAUAAAUAUCCUGCACAAGUCUUCAACAAUGAAAAUCACAGGCUUAAUCUGUAUGGAGAUAAUGUAGAGGUCGAUUAUCGUGGUUAUGAAGUUACUGCUGAGAACUUUUUGCGGGUGUUGACUGGGCGUCAUGAAACAUCUGUUCCAAGAUCCAAGCGUCUUUUAAGUGACGAAGGAAGCCACAUUCUUCUUUACAUGACAGGGCAUGGUGGAGAUGAAUUUUUAAAGUUUCAAGACUCUGAAGAGCUACAAAGUCAUGAUUUAGCUGAUGCAGUGAAACAAAUGAAAGAAAAGCGCAGGUUUAAGGAGCUACUUAUAAUGGUGGAUACUUGCCAAGCUGCCACUCUCUUCAACCAGCUUCAUUCCCCAGGAGCUUUGGCUAUUGGAAGUAGCAAGAAAGGAGAAAACUCCUACUCACAUCACUUGGACUCUGAUGUUGGUGUUUCAGUCGUGGAUCGUUUUACCUUUUACACCCUUGCUUACUUUGAGAGGCUGAAUAUGUACGACAAUGCUUCACUAAGCAGCCUUUUCAGUUCGUACAACCCUAGUUUGUUGAUGUCCAAUGCAUAUUACAGAACAGAUUUGUAUCAACGACGUCUAGAGGAGGUGCCUGUGACGAACUUCUUUGGUUCAGUGAUGGAAACAAUCUACACUGAUUCACCUUACCAAUCUCCCCGAAGAAAAGACUCCCGUAAAGGUGAUAUUACAAUGUCUCCAGACCAGUCCAUUGAGGAUGGGAAGGGAAAAAUGCUGCAGGAAACAGAUCUGGUUGACAAUGGUGACCUAGAGACGAUUCAACAGGGUCUUCUUGGAUAUAUUUGGAGUGAUCUCCAUAUUAAGUUGGAAAGCUUUGGUGAUGGUGAUACCUUAGUGUACUAUGGCAUGCUAAUGUUGGUUCCAUUUUUGGCAGUUUCAACAUGGAUAUCCUUGUGAAGGUUUCGCCAUUCGUAAUGCAUUCAGCGGGAAGAAUCUGGCAUGCGUGUGGAAGGCCAAUGCUAGUGAGGAUGAUGCAAUUACAGAUGUUCACAUAGCUAGUAGAGCGGAGAAAAAGAAAUCCUGCAGCAUCUGUCAGGCAUGAAGUUCCACGAGAGAGUCGCUGACCACCAAGCUGGCACUUUGAUUUGUGCUUUCAUGCAAGCCCAGCUAUGUCAUGAUCGUUUAUGCAACGGGAACCUUUUUCUCCGAGUUGCGUGACGCAUAAUGUUACCCCAGCGCCGAUCUGGUGAUUGUGACGAUGUAAUAACAUUUUGGUUUUGCCGUGAAGGGACAUAAAUCUAUGCGGGCACCAAAUUUGCACGGCAGUGCCCUCUUAUUGCUUCUCCUUCUGUGUGACAUCUCCUGCCAGAACCUUGUAAUUCUACCAAUUAGACUGGAUCGAAGCUUUUCUAGUUUGGCUCAGUCCUCUUAAGGAAA